AUGACUAAAUUAUUGAGUGACGACAACAUGUCCGUCGAUGAGGAAAAUAAAAAAAAUUCAAACGGUUUGGAAAAACCGCAACAACAACAACAUAAUCCAGAUCGUAGCAGGGAAUGGUUUGGAGUUCAAUUAGAGUUCACGGGUCAAAGAUCAACAAACAAUUAA